AUGGCUCCACAAGCCGGAGACUCUGGAGCAGCUGCCUCUGAGCCACACAACCAAGGCAACGCCUCUCGCAAUCGAGGACAAGGACGGGGCAAAGGCAACCAGGGUCGGCGAGGAGGCCAACGACGUGGACGAGGCGGAAACAACGCCAACGUCCCCUCAGUGCCCGCGAACCCAGCAGCCCAAGAUGUCGCUGCCGCAGCAUCCAGAGCCCAUGCUAUGAGCGCGGGCAAGACGGCGGAAGCUGCCGACGACGAUGACGAAGGUGAAGUCUGUUUUAUCUGCGCGAACCCAGUCGCUCACCACUCGAUUGCGCCCUGCAACCACACGACAUGUCACAUCUGUGGUCUGCGUAUGAGAGCCCUUUAUAAGACGAAGGACUGCGCACACUGCCGUACUCCGGCUCCCUUUGUCAUCUUCACGGACGAUGCUGAGAAGCGCUUCGAGGACUAUUCGGAAAAGGACAUCACCACAACCGACAGCAAUAUCGGAAUCAAGUACACAAACGAGGAUAUCGUCGGCGACACAGUCCUCCUUCUACGAUACAACUGCCCUGACCCGUCCUGCGACUUUGCUGGCCUAGGCUGGCCCGAUCUGCACCGCCAUGUCAAGUCCGCCCACCGCAAGCGCAUGUGCGAUCUCUGCACUCGUAACAAGAGGGUGUUCACGCACGAGCACGAGCUGUUUGGGGACCGUGAGCUGGAGAAGCACAUGCGUCAUGGCGACGACAAGCCCGGCGCCGCGGACCAGACCGGUUUCAAGGGCCAUCCUCUCUGCGGCUUCUGCGGAGAACGAUUCUACGACGACGAUAAACUGUACGAGCACUGUAGGAUGAAGCACGAACGAUGCUUCAUCUGCGACAGACGGGACUCGCGACAUCCACACUAUUACCUUGAUUACAACUCGCUCGAGGAACACUUCAAGAAGGAUCAUUUCCUGUGCAAAGACCGGGAAUGCUUGGAAAAGAAGUUUGUCGUGUUUGAGUCAGAAAUGGACUUGCAGGCUCACCAGCUGAGCGAGCAUGGUGGCAAGACGGCAGGAAGGGAUGCACGCGUAGUCAAUAUGUCGGGAUUCGACCUUCGAACGCCCUAUCAACAAGAGCGAGGAGGUCCAAGUGGCCGUGAUGGAGAGGGACGUCGUGGUGGGCGAAGAGGUAAUAGGGGCCGUGACCCUAAUGCGGAAACAGUCCCUGUGAGCUCUGCCCAGCCUUUGCGACGCGACGAGAUUGCCUUCCAGCGACAGAUGGCCAUCCAUUCGGCCCAGUCUGUGUCGAACCGGACCUUUGGGGGAUCGCUCUCUGCCCCUUCGCCCACACCAGCUGCUGCCUCAUCACAGCCUCGUGGCGGCAGCUCAUCGACUACCCCUCGAGGAAGCCAGACGAAUCUCGCCAACCCGAUCGAGUCAGCCACCGUCGUCGACACGGCCAAUCUCGCACCUGAAGAACGUGCCCGACUUGUUCGCCACGGCGCCGUGGUGGAGCGAGCAUCCAACCUCCUUGGCAACGACAACCAGCGUAUGGCCACAUUCCGUAACCAAAUCUCGUCCUACCGCCAGGGCGGCCUCACGGCGCCGCAACUCAUCGAUGCCUUUUUCACACUCUUUGCCGACACAUCGUCCAACGCUCUCGGAACACUGGUACGAGAAGUCGCAGAUCUGUACGAGGACAAGGCCAAGGCCGACGCCCUGCGCAAGGCUUGGCAGGACUGGCGCGCCAUCAAUGAGGACUACCCAAGCUUGCCCGGCCUGAGCGGCAUGCACGGCGCGACGUCGAGUUCCAGCGGUUGGGCCAACGCUGCCACCGCGAACCCGGCUUUGCCCAACGCAGCGCCUUCUCAGAAGCACUCGAACCGCGUGCUCAAGCUCAAGAACAGCACAAGACUGGGGGGUCCUGCGCCUGUUUCGGCAGGACCCUCAUCGUGGGCCGGUCGUCCUGCGGCGACCCCUCCAACUUCUUCCUCGUCCGCAUUUCCAUCUCUCCCUUCGGCUGCCGGCUCCUCCUCUUCAUCCUCCCGCCCCAACUGGACAGCCUCUUCCGCUCCUUCGUCCUCUCAGUCAACGACCCUCAACCGUGCCCGUCCGGCACCCCGUCCAACAGGCGAGGACGCCUUCCCCGCUCUGCCUGCCGCACCAAAGCCCACAACCACGAUCUUUGGCUACGGCAACGGGCGUGCCGUCCGACGUGACUACGGACACCGUGAGACGGGCUUCCAAUGGGGCAGUGGACCAAGCACGCCCGCCGCCGAGGAGCCUGCUGCCGGAGCCGAGGAAACCGGAGGCAAGGGUAAGAAGGGCGGCAAGAAGGGUAAGAAGCAGGUUUUGGUGCAAUGGGGUUAA